AUGCCAGCCAUUCCAGUCAAGGUCGUCGGCGAGGACUUCCUCGCCAACCACAUCGGUCAGCUGCUCGUGCGCCAGCCUCGGCCCUCAAGGGACUCCGCCGUUCUCCACCAGCAGCCUUCCAAGGUGGACGUCGCGACGACGCGCCUGACUGAUUCCACUGCGCGCGACUGGGUCGCCACCGAGCACGUCACCUCGCACAGCCUGCGGGACGCGCAAGCUGUCCCGACGUCGAUGUUCGACAGCAUAGGGCAGCGCGCCAGCAGCGACACCGAUGGACUCGGCCUCUCCAAGGUCCGCUUCGGCGACAGAGAGAGCUUCAGCAGCAUCGGCAGCGUCGCAAGCCUCGAUUCCAGGCCAGGAAGUGCUGCCGCCAAGGACGGCGCAUCCGAGCCGGACCUCGCCAGAGGACAGCUGCACUCUGUGGCCGCCGGCUACAGACAUCGACGGACGGGCUCCGAAGCCCUUGUUUCGCCCACCGUCAGCUUCACCACCACAUUCGGGUCCAAGCCGCGCAAGCCGCGGACGCGCACGCGGUCGCAGGCCACGUCCGGCGAUGGAAAUGGCCAGCUGUCCCGCAACGCCAGCAUCCGCAGCUCGCUGGGCUGCGAACAGAGCAAUGGCAGCGUCUCGCCGCUCGACAUCUACGCCCAGAGCCCCUGGGUCCACCCCAGCUCCCACCGCACACCGCCGCUGCAGAGCGUCGACGAGCUCGCCGCGCACGAGCAGUGGUCGGCCGUGUUCAACAGCGAUGCGCUCCGGCAGAGUGCAGCCGGGCUCAACCUGCGGCUCGCACCGUCAAAGGCCACGGUCACGGCCACAGCGCAGGAUCCCAUCGAUCCCAAGGAGGUGGUGCCGUCCGGCGAAGCCAUGUCGAGGCACAGCUCGGCGCAGAGGGCCAAGCUCCUGCUCGUUCCGAAAGGGAGCGACGGACGAACCUUCCGCUUCGUCGAGCCAGACAGCGAUUCGGAAUCUGACGUCGCAGCUCAGGGCGACGGCGACGACAGUCGUGGGUCGGCGGCCGAAACCCCGGCCUCCUCGAGUGAAACGUCGGGUCCGGUCCAAGCCUCCAGGGCGCUCAACGCGGCCAUCAGUCGGGACGAGCCUCGUGGGCCGUCGGCCGCCUCCACCGCCCCGCUGACGGCGCCGUCGCACACAAGCCACGAAGCGCCGAAGAAGCCGACGGUGAGGAGAAUGACGUUGCUCGAGAGGACGAUGGCGGCCGAGCGUGGUGCCAAGAUCAACACGAUCGAGAUCCUCGGCCAGAAGAUCGAGAGGCGCGGCCAGCAGCCUGUACGGCCAAAGGACCAGGCCGCCGCUUCGUCGCCGACCUCAGCGCCCUCUCGCCCGAGCCAACAUCCGGUCAAGCGACCGGAGGGCUAUGGCCAGGGACGGAGGACAUUCAAGCUACGUCCCGUCGGCGAUUCGCUCACCGAGCUAAAGCCUGCCGUGCCCGUCGUCCUUCCGGUCAGCGGCGACAACAUCAGCACCCAAACCAAGGCAGUCAAGGAGGAUCGGACCCGGCAGUGGGCACGCGAGCACAGCAGGAAUGGCUCAGCGUCCCAGGAGGAUGUUGCAAAGAUGGCGACAUCCCUGAGCUCUCAUCCGGACGCCGAGGAAAGCUUCAGCGCGGGUCAACAUCGUCCGUCGACCACUACCAAGUCUGGCACCGACUAUUUCUCGUCCUGGUCGACAGCAAAGAGCAGGCCGAACGCCCGUCGCGACGCGGGAACGCUGUUCGAUGCCAGUGCGCGCGCUCCGGCAAGCUACAUGACGCACACGACCAGCUCGUCGUCCAGCACCGACGUGUCCGACGUCUUGCAGAUGACGGAGCCAGACGGAGCGCCCGGACAAGGCCCCCUCACGACCCCCGUGACGUCGCCCGAGACGCCGCUCAGCGAGCCGCAGCCUCCCGAGAAGCCGUCCGGCCCCAUGGCGACUACCGCCGCAGUCAUGUGA